UGAACGGUAUAAUUGGGUGUACUAUAUACCAUUCGUUCUGGGUUUGUUCUAUCCUUGUUCCACAUUGGCGUUCCCAAUUUUCAUUGCUCUAUCGCCAUUCGCCUCCAUUACUGGUACCACUUUCCUCUCCAUUGUUUUCUGCAUAAUUUAUUAUUUCAGUUUCAUGCUCCCAAUUCCUAACGUAUCCCAUCAUUCUUUCAUUUGUUUCCUUCAUUGUUUGAUUAUCCAAACAUACUGCAAAGUUAGGUUUUCCCGCUGCGCGACUUGAUUUUGGUGUUGAUCAGAUUUCAAAAACGGAUGUGAUUAUCGUUACCACAUGUAUCACAUGGCUUCUAAAUUUAAAGCGUUUUUAAACAGCCCCGUUGGACCUAAAACAACUCAUUUCUGGGGGCCUGUUGCAAAUUGGGGAUUUGUUAUAGCUGGGCUUGUGGACAUGAAUAAACCACCUGAAAUGAUAUCAGGCAACAUGACUGCAGCAAUGUGUGUUUACUCUGGACUAUUCAUGAGGUUUGCAUGGAUGGUACAGCCCCGCAACUACCUUCUUUUAGCAUGCCAUGCUUCAAAUGAAACUGUGCAGCUAUACCAACUAUCACGGUGGGCUAGAGCUAACGGGUACUUAUCACAAAAGAAAGAGGAAGCCCCGUCACAAUGAUUCCUCCAUCUUCACAUAAAAAUGGUAAUCACCAGAGUUUUUGUAAGAAAUCUUUGAAUUAGCAAUAAGCAUUCAUGUAUACUACCAAAGGGGGCUUGCUUCAGAAAUUUCUGAUUUUUUUUUUUUUGUGUUGCUCUCCUUCAUACAAUUUGAUGCUAUUUGAAACAUUGUAACAUUGUAACAUUUAGAGUUGGGAUCCUGCAACUCACAAACAUCACCAGUGAUGCUAUUUGAAAUGAA